AUGUUGCGCCAUCGCGGGCAAGACGUCCAGCGUCUGCGCAUCCGCCAGCACCUCGCCUCUCCCAAGACAGCGCACGCGCACAGCCAUGCCCUGCGCAACCCUACUCGUCCCACGGUCUUCCCCUACCGGAUCGCCUUCUCCCUGCCCUCCUCCGGCAUGGCCAUGCGCAAGGGGCAGUCUGCGCACGGCGCGCUCGACGUCGAGGCCUCGCUCCACAGGUUCCGCAUCGACACGGCCGGCGCACCGGUCGACAUGACGCGUGACGACGUGCGCAUCCGCCAACGGUGCCUGCGGUGCGAGGGGGACGUCAAGACGCGGUGCCCCGCGUGCGACGAGGCCGGCUACUGCGCCGAGGGCUGCCGCGCCGACGACGAGGCGUUCCACGCCGACGUGUGCGGCCUUCGGGAGGCCAUGGCGGAGGGCACGCGGCCCUCGGCGGCGCACCGCCUGCUGAUCUGCUUCGCGCCCGACUACGCGACGCCCGUCUUCCUCUGGGUCAAGACGCACUUUGACGAGACCAACGGCAACCUGUCGUUCCUCUUCGACGACGACAGCCUCGUCACGGCGUGGGCGGAGAGGCACGGCCUCGCGACCCGCACGUGGAUGGUGCCCCUCGCGGCGCAGCGCUUCCUCUUCCCGCACCCGCUGGGCCACGGCGUCGGCCUCGUCGGCGCGACGCCGCCCCACGACGACGCCGGCCCGCGCGACAUCAACUGGGCGGUGCAGUCGCUGGGCAGGCCGGGCCACGUGACGCCCGUCUUCGGUCCCGUGCUCGCCUUUGCCUACGCCACGGACGAGCGCGGCAGCUUCGUCGCCGUGACCGACGCCGCACUGCGCGACCUCACGCACGCCGUCGACGCCGUGCUCCAGGCCCCCUGCCACGCGGCCCCGCCGGCCCCCGACCGCGCGCGCCACCGCCACCAGCCGGCCCUCAAGCUCACCGACCCGGCGUCGCCGUGGCACCUCGCGCUCGGCGCCCCGCCCGUCGAGAUGACGACGCUGCCGUGCUGGAAGAGGGGGUUCCCGCUCGCCGUGCCCUUCAGCCUCGGCCUGCGCUGGAUCGUGCACCCGGCCGUCGUGCCGCGCGGUCUGCGGGCGUCGACUGUCUGGGGGCCCGACGCGCUGUCGAGGCUGUUUGGGAGCGUCGUCAUCGUGCGCCAGGGUCAGCGCCAGGGUCAGGGCCGUCGCGGCGGCGGCAGCGCCUUGCGGGGCGAGAUGGUCUUCCAGCGGCUGCUGUUCUGGCACGGGUUUACCGUGACCAAGACGUACGGCGGCGUCGUCCAUCCCGUGCAUGUCGAGGGGCUGCUGGCGUACCUCGCCUUUGCGCAGCGGCUUGCGCGCGGUGCCACGGAGGGUGGGUUUCGGGGCUGGUGGGAGGAUUGGAAAGAUGGGCUCGUCGCGCAGGGGAGGGAGGUGGCGGCCCUGGUGAGCCCGUAUUUCGAUGAGGACGAGCCGAGACAUCCGCGCUCGUUGGAUCUCGAGACGGAGAGCCUGCUGGCGUUCCUCAAGAAGAAGAGGGAGUGUGAUGCGGAGAGCAUCGAGGACGUGUACGGCGACUUGGUCUUCUGA